CCACCCCCAGCCUACGAAGACGCAACAGCAACCCCAGCAGCAGCCGCCGCCGCCGCCCCCAUAACAAGCAAACGCACGCUGCCACCCCCGCCACCACUGACCCUGCCCGUGCUAAACGACCUCCGCAACAAACGAGUGAUCCUAGCAUCCGCAUCGCCGCGGCGCCGCCAAAUCAUCUCGCACCUCAACCUGCCGCAGCUCGAAAUCAUCGCGUCCAACGCCGCGGAGGACCUGCCGAAAACCCUGGCGCCCAUCGAAUACGUGCUGGCCACGGCCACGAAGAAGGCGCAGGCCGUGUACGAGCAGGAGAUCAUGAACGCGGCCAGGGGGGAGCCGGCGCUGAUUCUCGCGGCGGACACCAUCGUCGUGGACACGCGGCCGGCGGCGGCCUCGGGGCUUGCGAUUCUCGAGAAGCCGCGCUCGGAAGCCCACCAUAUCGCCAUGUUGAAGGCCCUCCGCGACGCCCGCGAGCAUAAAGUCUACACGGCUGUCGUGGCCAUGGCGCCGCUCAGCAGUGCGCGGCAGCCGGGGUAUGCGUUGGAGACCACGAUCGAGGAGACGAAUGUGAGGUUUGAUGCCGGGGUCACGGAUGAUUUGAUCUUGGCGUAUGUGAGGACGCGCGAGGGUGCCGAUAAGGCCGGUGGCUAUGGGUUGCAGGGGUUGGGGUCGAUUCUGGUGGAGGGCAUCGACGGGAGUUAUGAUAAUGUGAUUGGGUUGCCGUUGAAGGCGACGUUGCAGUUGAUUGAGCGGGUGAUGGAGAAGGCGGAUGACGAGAAU